AUGGCGACCUCUAGAUUGUACCCGACCUUGACCAAGUUCUAUGGACACGGCUACCAUGACAUCGAAGACAACGACAUUGACCUUCUUCUUUCACAGAACAAGCUACACAGAAAAGACAAUACAACCAGUCUAAAGCCAAAAGACAAAAAUAUUAGCAAUCAUCUAGACCACAUUAACAAGGUACCACAGACAGGGAUGCUAUAUCCAAACAUUUCCCAGAGCGUCCUAAGCAGCAAUGACAACCAAAAUAAACAGGAAUAUACUGCUUCCAAUGAAGAACCCACAGUACCAUCCGCUCCACCAAUCGAACUGUGGGAUGAAGAACUGUUGCGAUUUUUAGAACAGGCUUUGAAAGAGCAACAAGGGAACUCUACCCUGGACGAUACCCCAACCGCAGAUUAUUCCAGUUUUACGAUUCCUACAGAUCUGCUGCUGAAUGAAACUUGGAUCGAUGAUUUGCAGCCAGAUUAUGAUAUUGCACAGGAGAAUUCAGAACUGCAAUAUCUAAACAAUCUUAAUAAAACUGACAGAGACAAGGCUAAAUUUAAAACUGCAAACAUCAGUAAAACUGCGGGGUGUUCUGUAGAAUUAAAUAUACGACCAGAAAGUAAGCGACCCGUUGUUUCGGAGAGAAGGGACUUGAGGAGGAGUUUCCGUAUCCAAGAGAGCACAGGUUUGAAUAGAAGGUUGUUGGUCGAAUGCCGAGCCGGGUGUCAGAAGGAUCAUACGGUGGGGAUGGAGAACAGGGAUGCUGGACUGGAAGGUGAUGAAAGGUCGCGACCUGCACCAGGAAGUCCUGAAUACAACGCCUGGAUGACUUGGAGAAAACAGGUAAAUCGCCAGCUGGCAACAGUUAUCCUCCUGCGGCAAGGAGGGCGUGUUUGGCUACAGAAGGGGGACAUGUCCAGGAAACACCUCAAUCAGCGGUCGAUAGACUUUGUUUCGAAAGUUGUAAAAUCUGGCAACAAAACAUCGUUGGGCGGGAAACCAUUUGUCAUGUACGGGAUCCCUCGUGCUUCUUUGUCUGCCAGCCAAAUAGAGUUAACAAAGAUUGGCAGACAUUGA